ACAAUAAACCAAAAAACUCACAUUAGCAUUUUAUUAUUAACUUUAUCAUAGCUAGUAAUUUGUAUUCAGACCGUAUUUGUCAUGCGGUGCAUCCUUCUCGCAUUUUCUAAUGUCACAUUUGACGUCAUUUUGUAUCUUAUAUGGCUCCACGAAGAAGUCAGUUUUUUGUUCGAAUUAGCCCGUUCCACCUUAAAUGGUGCUGGAGUAAAUGCAGUGCCAUUUAAGUUGGAACGGGAAACUUCACGGAUCAUUAAUGCUAGCAGUACGUAUAUAGGUAUGAACGCAGUCGAUUCAUGUCAUAUUUGCCAAAUGAUCGGAGCUUAGUAGUUAAUAACUGAGCACGUUUCUUUGAUGUAUUUGAAUAUUAAGGUGUAAUUAAGUGUGCAGACCCAAUUCAGAGAUGCCGAGAAACCUUUUCCACUGUUAAUUCUACGAGCGUGCUCAUUUAGAUGCAUUUCGCAAGUAAAAAUUACAACAUUUAAUCGAUUGUACACGCAUGUUUAAAAAAAAAAAGCUUCUGCAUCUAAACCACACUGAGCCACAGAAUCCAAACUGACCAUUUACUCAGCGUGUUGUUGUCUGAUUGGCUCAGUGAAGUUUCGUGAUAGACGGAAUUCUGGGAUUUGUAGUUUUUACUACGUUACGUCGCGGCUCCUUUUAAUAAUGUAGCCGCUGUUGAAAAACUACAGCGCGGGAGGCGGGGCUUCACGUGACGCGAUCUUUGUUAUGGAGGCGUGUACGACUUCAAGACAUGUGGCUGUAAGUGGCAGCUCAUUAGGCGAACUCUCCCUCCCUUUCCAAAGUUGGGUUUAUAUACAGCAGGUCUAGAAGGUGCCUUGCCUCUGAUUCUGUUAGGAGAUGACAGCCGUUAAGACCAGGACCAGUGCAGAACUUCGCUGUUAAACGAGACUGGCAAAAGUUUAAUAUGCCUGGAGACAGAUGCAGCCUGUGGAGGACAGCCUUUCUUGCCAUCAGCCUUUUUGGACUUUUGCAGUCACGCCAGAUCGCACAGGGUUUGACGGGCGUCUUGGACGACUGUUUCUGCGACAUCGAGAGCAUCGAUGUCUUCAACAACUUCAAGAUUUUUCCACUCAUGCAGAAGCUUAUUGAUCGAGAUUUCUUUAGAUAUUACCGGGUAAACCUCAAGCGGCCCUGUCCAUUCUGGCCUGAUGACAGCCACUGUGCCAUUAAGGACUGCCAAGUGGAACCUUGCCCAGAGAGCAAGAUACCAGUUGGGAUUAAAUCAGGCAACUAUAAUAAGUAUUCCCAGGCUGCGAACACUAUCAGAGACAUUAAGGAGUGUGAGCAGGCUCAUGAGCUGGGUGCCAUUAACAGCACACUGAGUAAUCAGAGUAAGGAGGCGUUUGAGGACUGGGCACACCAUGACGACGCCCAGGAUCACUUCUGCGGGCUGGAUGACGAGACCUCUCCAGAUGCUGAGUAUGUGGAUCUGCGGCUGAAUCCUGAACGCUAUACUGGAUAUAAAGGGCCCUCCGCAUGGAGGGUGUGGAACAGCAUCUAUGAGGAGAAUUGUUUCAAGCCAAGAUCAGUGUAUCGGCCUCUUAACCCUCUGGCCCCAAGUCGUGGUGAUGAUGAUGGUGAAGGCUUUUACAAAUGGCUGGAAGGGCUGUGUCUGGAGAAGAGAGUGUUUUACAGGCUCAUCUCUGGCCUCCACAGCAGCAUAAACAUCCACCUGUGUGCUGAAAACCUCCUGGAUGAAGGUUGGGGAAAGCCAAUAUGGGGGCCGAACGUUCACGAGUUCCGCCGCCGCUUUGGUUCAGCCGAGACUAAAGGAGAAGGAACUCGCUGGUUAAAGAACCUCUACUUCCUGUACCUGAUCGAGCUGAGAGCGCUAUCCAAGGUGGCCCCAUACUUCGAGCGUGCCUUCAUUAACUUGUACACAGGAAACUCUCAGGAGGACUCGAUUACCAAGGAACUGCUGCUGCUGAUUUUUAAUGAGACCAAAGCUUUCCCCAUGCACUUUGAUGAGAGCUCCAUGUUUGCAGGCCACAAAAUGGAAGCAAAAAGACUGAAGGAGGAGUUCAGGCUUCAUUUUAAGAACAUUUCCCGCAUAAUGGACUGUGUGGGCUGCAGUAAAUGUCGACUGUGGGGAACGUUACAGACCCAGGGGCUGGGCACGGCCCUGAAGAUCCUCUUCUCUGAGAAAGAAAUCAAGAACCUUCCAGAAAACAGUCCCUCCAAGGGCUUCCAACUCACACGCCAGGAGAUUGUAGCUUUGCUCAAUGCUUUUGGGAGACUCUCCACCAGCAUUAAAGAGCUCCAUAACUUCAGGACCCUUCUGAAGGACCAGAGGUAACACACAUCCAGGCCACCAGGUGGCGCCUGCCCAGAGGACACUGCAAUAGUCUUAUCUUCCUCAGAGUAAGGCCUCUAUCAGGGACUUCAGGAUUGAUAUCUGGCCAACAGAACCCUCCCCCACUGCUCCGCUCUGCUGCCCAACUGGCUGUAAACCACUGCAAACCAGACUCAUGCUAGCUGUCAGCUUCUAACGUAGUAAGAAUAACAGCCAGCGCUCAGAGCAUCCACAGAUUUUUUUCACUUUUGUUUUUCACAGUGAUUUCAGGUUUUUAGCUCCUUUUCAAAGCCCCCUCCAAAAAACACCUCUCAAUGUCUAUUCCUUUUUAACAUACUUGUGCAUUUGCAGUACACAUGGAGUGCGAGAGUGAGAAUAGGAGCAUUACACGUGCGUUUAUAAAUGUGGCAGUUUGUUAAUUAUAUACUGUCAUGCUGAAGUAUUUACCUCUUUAACACAGAUACCUGGCAAUGAUAUCAGAUAAAUUCUCAGUUCAUUUUAAGCAUUGUAAAUGUGCACAAGUGAGUUUGUAUUUUUUCAUCUGAGCAGAAAACCUGUCACAGUGUUAUACCUCAAAAUAGCUCGGUUUCUCUUCGAGCCAUUUAAUUUGAUUUGUGAAUUAUGAAUUUAACUUGUGAAUGAUACAUAUUUCGCCAGUAAGCAGCAGGUUUGAAUCACAGGUUUUCAUUCUCUGCCACCAACACUAUCAGUCAAUAGUUUGGACACACACUCUUAAAUAUGGCUUAAAUUCUUGAAAAGCUGUUCUUAACAAAUUUAUAUGAAAGAGGUCAUGCCUGUCUGUGAAUUUAGUCCCUAAAUUAACUGUUUAAAUUAUUAUAGAUUAGUGAUAUUGGAACUGGGAAUCAAUGCAGAUUUCCAAAAUUCUUCAUGUACUUACCUGCCAGUGCUGAUGCCAGUACAUAAUUGUAUACAAAAGUUUGGGUACCCCUGGUCAAAUGAAACACGUAAAAUCUGGCCCAUGCAAAGGUGAAGGCACAUGUUAAGUGUUUUAUUAAAUUUUUUACAGUAUGUAAAAAUCAGCCAAUGCAUAGAAAUUUUGCAUAUUUGCACUAAUGUAUAAUAAGUGAGUUCCCUGUAGAGGAUGUCCUAACUUAUUUUUCACUUAGGAAAUAAACAUAACAUGUGAUUUGACCAGAAAUUAGAAAUGCAGUAAAGUGAAACAAAACCAGAUAUUUUAGCAAAUGAGUGCAAUAAAUAUAUUCUCAGAUAUCAGUUUGAAAAUUGGCUGCGUUUAAGAAUCUAAAAUAAAGUCUAAAUUUGCCUUAGAAAAGCCUUCUAUGAGUAGAUGUGUCUAAACUUUUGACUGGUACUGAUAAUGCUGUCUGUAAGAAGGAAAUGUAGCAUUGCAAUGUUACAAACUUGAGCAACUUAUAACAAGCAGUUAACAGGCUUUGCCUGUUGUCACUCAGCUCAUUAUCAAUGGCUUAAAUUGAAGCAGGUUUAGCAAUGACGCCGAAUUCAGAUUAUAAAACUAAAUUUUAUCAAUAUACCAAAAUAGUAAUCAUGAUGUGUAUCAUGCUAUUUAUUUAGUUUACUGAGGUUUGAUAGAACUGACUCUGUGAACCAGCACUGCAAUAUGUAGAAACUGCUAGCAAAAAAUUUCAUAACAUCGCUGUCAGAAUAAAACCUCAGAAAAAAUGGAUCCUCUGUCCUGUGAUCUCCCAGAAACCUUAGACAGCUGUGCAUCACAUAGGAACUUUUGUCGUAAAGAAAUAGGCAGUUCUUUAGUGUUCUUUAAGUACUGGUGAAACUCUUGGUGUAUAUAUACACUCAGAAGUACUAUCAUAAUAAAAAUGUAUUGUGAUAACAAUAUCGUCAUUGGGGCAGUCGUGGACUGGAGG